CCCGCCCCGAAACCUUCGCCUGCCUCGCACGGGGCGCCGUCGCCAAUGGACAAGGCCCAGCAACCCAGCUCGUUCCAGCAGCUGGAAAAGCUCGGAGAAGGAACCUAUGCUACUGUGUUCAAAGGUCGGAAUCGCCAAACCGGAGAACUGGUCGCCCUGAAAGAAAUCCACCUCGACUCCGAAGAGGGGACGCCGUCCACCGCUAUCCGAGAGAUCUCGUUGAUGAAGGAGCUCAAACAUGAGAGCAUCGUGUCGCUCCACGACGUGAUUCACACGGAAAACAAGCUCAUGCUGGUCUUCGAAUACAUGGACAAGGAUCUCAAGAAAUACAUGGACACCCGCAACGACCGGGGUAGCAUGGACCAGGCGACGAUCAAGUCGUUCAUGCACCAGCUGCUGAAGGGCAUCGCAUUUUGCCACGAGAACCGGGUGCUUCACCGCGACCUCAAGCCGCAAAACCUCUUGAUCAAUAAGAAAGGGCAGUUGAAGCUGGGAGAUUUCGGUCUUGCUCGGGCGUUCGGAAUUCCCGUGAACACUUUCUCCAACGAAGUGGUGACGCUAUGGUAUCGGGCCCCCGAUGUCCUCCUGGGCAGUAGGACCUACAACACGAGCAUCGACAUCUGGUCUGCCGGGUGUAUCAUGGCAGAAUUGUACACCAGUCGUCCGCUGUUUCCGGGAACCACGAACGAGGAUCAGCUGCAGAAGAUAUUCCGUCUGAUGGGGACGCCCUCCGAACGCUCGUGGCCGGGCAUCUCUCAGCUUCCGGAAUAUAAACCGAACUUCCACGUCUAUGCCACGCAGGAUCUUGGCAUAAUUCUGCCUCAGAUUGAUCCCUUGGGGCUUGAUCUACUGAACCGGAUGCUGCAAUUGCGGCCCGAGAUGCGAAUCAGCGCGCACGAUGCACUGCAGCACCCAUGGUUCCACGACCUACCUCAGCUGCAGGCCCAGUUGCAGCAGCAGCAGCAACAACAACAGCAACAGCAACAGAUGGCUGGAGCGUAUGGGGGGAUGGUUGCAUCACAACAAGCAUAUUAGUCGCCUGUCGUACAGGGUUCCUUUUCUUUCUUUGAGUAUCCAUAUUCUUACAUUUCUUUUCCUGCGUGUUUGUUUCUAUUUAUUCUUAUCGUUUUCUUUUCUUUUUUCUUUCCCUCCCCGGCCUUUAAUGCCUUGGUAUGGGCUCUCAUGUUAUGAUGGAUUGAAGAACACGGUGUGAUGGCGGAUUUAGAAGGGAGGAAAGCGCGGCGUUCUGACCGAGGCAAGGGUAUAUCGAGAUCAUGUUCCUAUUAAUUUUCGUGUGAUUUCUUUUCUGGCUGCAUACAUAUUGGGUUGUGCAUAGUGAAAGUCGGCAUCUGAUGAAAGCGAC